UUCUCCAAACGCAGUCACACUAUUGCUAUCGCUUAUAUUAACUUAUUGUUUAUAUUGUAAAUAUUGUUUAUGGAAGCAUGUUCAAGUUAGUUUUUAAGCAGUACAAGUCCAAAAGUCCUAGUCCCGAUUUAACGGAAGUGAUUAAUAUCGAUGAUUGUGCUGUCAAGAGAAAUGAUCAACAACAGAGUGAUAAUAAUGUUGUUCAGCGAUUAAGUAUCAGCAAUGUAGAAAGCCUGCAGACAAUGCCAGGCAUUCAAUCGCCUAAGGAUUGGCGAUCUUAUACAUUAACUAAUCAUCCCGGCAUUAUUGUUAUUCGGAACCCAUUCUCGGAACGAGGUCGGCGUUAUUGGAUCGCCCGAUGUCUGCGGGAUUAUCCUCGCACACCAAAUAUAGUAAAUUUAAAUGAACGGCUCUUCGAUGAAUCCAUCAGAUCGGACUGGUGGAAACAGCUUAGUCUGUGCAGCGAUGGCAAUGAGUUCCAACGGAUAAAAUCCGCGAUGCGAUGGACGACAUUUGGAUAUCAUCACAACUGGGACACAAAGAUCUAUGACGAAGAGAUGCAGUCACCGUUUCCCGAAGAUUUGAACAGUCUAUGCAGAUUGUUCGCGCAAGCGUUAGGAUACAGUGAGUUUAAGCCAGAAGCUGCAAUUGUAAAUUACUAUCCAGUUGGUAGUACCUUAUCGGGUCACACGGAUCACUCUGAACCAAACAAAUCGGCUCCUUUAUUUUCUUUUAGCUUUGGCCAGACUGCAAUAUUCCUAAUUGGCGGAAGAACCUUAGAAGAAAAGCCAACCGCUAUCUACCUUCAAUGUGGGGACGUUAUGAUAAUGUCCGGAGAAUCGCGUCUAUGCUAUCACGCAGUUCCCCGUAUCAUGAAAACUCAGACUUUCGCGAAUUCAUCAGUAAUAGAUGAAGUUGUGGAUGAUGAGAAGAUUAGAUGCAAUUUUAUGGAUAAAGAUUUAUAUCAUGACGUAGGCGACCCCAAAUUUUGGGAGCCUUUUUCGAGUUAUAUGGCUGAUUCCCGUAUUAAUAUUAAUGUACGUCAAGUUUUAAAUCCAGGAGAGUUAAAGUUAUAGCCCAGACAAAUAAAACAAAUAAUAGGCCAUAGCAAAUAAAGUGAUGCGUCCAAUGGAGAUAUCUUAAAUUGGUAGGUGA